GGGACACCAUCGACAGUACCAAAUGAACAGCAUCACAGCAUAGUAGAAGAAAAAAAACCCAGUUCCUCCUCUCGCCACCGACUCACGCACGGAGAAGGAUUCAUCUCGAUUGAAUCGCAUACACAAAAUAUGGACAUCCCGACCCACUCCGCCCUCCAAGGCUGCGUCACCUCCCUCCGCUCCAGCAUGCAGCUGCUCGAAUCCUCCAUCGGCAUCCUGGACAGCGGCGUGAGCGACUACCCGCGGCUGGCGAACGUGCUCCAAACGACACGGCACUUCGAGCUCGUGUCCGAAUCAGCCCUCACGGCGGCGCAGUCCGCCCUGCUCUCCGAGCUGCAGCCGGAGAUCACGCAGCUGCUGGCCCGCGUCGAGGCCUACCUGGACAAACUGGCGCGGCGCGAGAAGAGCCUGAUGGCGAAGGCGGAGCUGCAGGAAGGCCGGCUCUCCCAACCCGCCAAUACCUCUUCCUCGUUGCCGUCGACGAGGGCGAAGAGCCCUGGCGGAGGCGGUAAAGGAGCAGCGGCUACAGGGAGUGCGGACCUCGACGCGAUGAGGUUGCAGCAGUUGCGGCUGAAGAAGGAGAGGCUGGCGUAUGCGGUGGGCCGUUUGGAGCUGCAGGCGGGGCAGAAGCAGAGGCAGUUGAGGAAGAGCAUGGCGGCGGUGUGAAUUGAUCAAUGGGGAAGAUGGAGAAGAUGGUGGAGAAGAAGAAGAAGAAGAAGAAGAAGAAGAAGAAGAGAGGUGGAAUUGUUGAAUGUAUAUACCCCAAUGCGAAACACGAGAGAGAGAGAGAGAGAGAGAAAUCAAUCCAAGACCAAAACGAAGGAGGAGGAGGCCAUUCGAAAACAGACAUUCUUCCCAUCAACGAUG